AUGAAGCUUGGCCUCAGGCUGAGCUUGCCUCUGGCAUUCAUUUGCCAGGUUACCCGUCUCUCGGCGGAACGCGGUUCCUUCGAAAGUGGCGGAAGUCUCGCAUUGGAUCAGGUGGCUGCCAAUGGCUUCACUUACGAUGAUAUCGUGGAGGCUCUGCAGGAGCUGCAGAGCGAAAAUGCCUCAGAAAAGUCAGCCAAGGCUGAGGCGGACCAAGAGGAUGAAGGGCCAACUUCAACCACUUACCAAGCAGAAGACGAGACGACAACAUACAACAUGGAUGAAGAAAGCAGUGGAGGCAGCCAAGAAGAAACCGGCACAACUGCACAAGCUGAUCAGGAUAAAGUUGCUCCAGAGCAGCCCGAAAAGUCUGACACAAGCAAGGGCCCAAAGGGUGACCGGCAAAGCCUGAAGUGGAGGCACUUCUACAGCCGCUUCCGGUCCAAGCAGGAAGAGGAUCUCCGCCAGUUCGCAAAGUUCCCUGAGUUGGUAGAGCUCCUGGAGACGAAAGCUUCGCAGGUCAUGACACGAAGCAGGCAAUGGAAGCAGCUGCUGGAGAAAAUCAGCCAGGGGAACAAAAACUUCACUGCUUUGAUCAGAAGAUUUGGUUCUGCAGUGAAGCAGGACAACCUGGCAAAGGUGAAUCGUGUUAAAACAGUGCUGAGUGGCAAUGAGUCCUCCGAGUCCGGUCCGAGCGAAUCAUCCACCACAACUGCAGCAGCUGAAGAUCAGGAUCCUCCCCCACCUAAUGAUGGUCUAGACGAAGAUGAAGAUGAAGACGAAGGCGAAGAUCGCAACGAGGAAGAUGCCGCGGAAGACAAACAGCAAGCAGAAGACAAACAACAACCAGUUGACAAAAAACAAACAGAUGAAAAAGGACAAGCUGAAGACAAGGAACAAGCAGCUGACAAGGAAGAAGAAGACGCGGAUGAGGACGAGGACGAGGACGAAUCUGAAGAGGACACGGGAGGCUCCGAUGUGCCGCAGGAAAGGCCGGAGCAAAACUCUCAGAUGGCACCGAUUCGGGAAGUCCUCUCCGAUGCGGCCACAACUUCACAUGAUGGAACAGGCUCCCAGCAGGAGGAGGCAACCACAACUCCAAACAACGUGGACACGACCACCUCUCAAGCGGGAAAGAUCGGAAUUGACAAUGAUAGUGUGGAGGAUGAUGAUUCUGACACGUAG